UAGCCAAAUAUUGAAAGGGGAGAAGCAAAAAAAUUGCAUCAAGAUCCAAUACAGAUCAUAAAUUUGAAUACCACGCGCUAACCCAUCAGCGCCAAUUCAGGCAUUCACACACGAAUUUUCACAAGCAAAAUAAAAAAAGAAACAAGAAAAAAUCAAUUUCACACUCAUUUUCACUAAACCCUAGCCUUACCGAAUCCGAAUUCUGAUCGACCGCAGACUUCAUUGUUUUUUCAAAUGCCAUCAGUUUGUAGGGUUCAGCACGUUUGACGGCAAUUUCUCUCCGUUCCUUUUUUUAACAAAUGGCGUUGCCUCUGAUGUCGAAAAGGAAAUUACAUGCUGCUCUUAUAUUAUUGGUCCAAAUAUUGCAAGUCUGUAAUGGCUUUUAUCUGCCUGGAAGCUAUAUGCACACAUACUCAACUGGAGACGAAAUAUACGCCAAAGUCAACUCUUUAACCUCCAUCGAAACCGAGCUUCCAUUCAGCUAUUACAGCCUUCCUUAUUGCCAGCCUAUGGGUGGCAUAAAAAAAAGCGCCGAAAAUCUCGGUGAGCUACUUAUGGGAGACCAAAUCGACAACUCUCCAUACCGUUUCCGAAUGAAUGUGAACGAGACUGUAUUCCUAUGCACAACUCCCCCACUGAACGAGGAGCAGGUCAAACUCUUAAAACAGAGAACACGUGACAUGUACCAAGUCAACAUGGUUCUUGAUAAUUUGCCUGCUAUGAGGUUUACAAACCAAAACGGGGUUAAAAUACAGUGGACCGGUUACCCAAUUGGAUACAAUCCCGAAAACAGCAACGAUGAUUACUUUAUCAAUCAUCUCAGGUUUAGGGUUUUGAUCCACGAGUACGAAGGAGUUGGUGUGGAGAUAAUCGGAACCGGAGAAGAAGGCAUGGGCGUAAUUUCCGAAGCCGAGAAUAAAAAGGGAUUAGGGUACGAGAUUGUCGGAUUCGAGGUAGUACCUUGUAGCGUAAAAUACGAUCCAGACAAGAUGGCAAAAAUCCACAUGUACGACAACAUAACAUCGGUGAGCUGUCCGCACGAGCUCGACAAGUCCCAGGUUAUAAAGGAGCAGGAGAGAGUGUCGUUCACUUACGAGGUCGAAUUCGUAAAAUCCGACAUACGGUGGCCCUCUCGGUGGGACGCUUAUCUCAAGAUGGAAGGCGACCGAGUCCACUGGUUCUCGAUUCUCAAUUCUUUAAUGGUGAUUUUCUUUUUGGCGGGAAUCGUUUUCGUCAUAUUCUUACGAACGGUGAGAAGGGAUCUCACGAGGUACGAGGAGUUGGAUAAAGAAGCUCAAGCCCAGAUGAACGAAGAACUUUCCGGAUGGAAGCUUGUGGUUGGAGAUGUCUUUAGAGAACCUUCUAACUCGAAAUUACUUUGUGUGAUGGUUGGAGAUGGGGUUCAAAUUACCGGAAUGGCGGUUGUCACUAUUGUUUUCGCCGCCCUCGGUUUUAUGUCGCCCGCUUCUCGAGGCAUGUUGCUGACUGGGAUGAUAUUGUUGUAUCUAUUCCUCGGAAUCGCCGCUGGUUAUAUAGGUGUAAGAAUGUGGAGGACUAUUAAAGGCUCGUCCGAGGGUUGGAGAUCGGUUUCUUGGUCUAUUGCGUGUUUUUUUCCAGGGAUUGUUUUCGUUAUCCUAACUUUCUUGAAUUUCAUUCUAUGGGGAAGUAAGAGUACCGGAGCGAUUCCGAUUUCGUUGUAUUUCAUACUUCUGUCUCUCUGGUUCUGUAUUUCGGUACCACUCACCCUCUUGGGGGGGCAUUUAGGGACAAGAGCCGAGCCUAUUCAAUUCCCUGUAAGAACGAAUCAGAUCCCUCGAGAAAUCCCUUCCCGAAAAUACCCCUCGUGGCUUCUUGUUCUUGGUGCGGGGACUCUUCCAUUCGGGACCCUUUUUAUCGAGCUCUUCUUCAUCUUAUCGAGCAUUUGGCUCGGAAGAUUCUAUUACGUGUUUGGUUUUCUUCUCAUUGUCCUUACGUUGUUGGUGGUUGUCUGUGCUGAGGUUUCGGUUGUCCUGACUUACAUGCAUCUGUGUGUGGAGGAUUGGAUGUGGUGGUGGAAGGCGUUUUUUGCAUCGGGUUCGGUUUCUCUUUACGUGUUCUUGUAUUCGAUCAAUUAUUUGGUCUUUGAUCUGCAGAGUUUGAGCGGCCCUAUUUCUGCUACGCUUUACAUCGGGUAUUCUUUGAUAAUGGCGAUUGCUAUCAUGCUUUCUACUGGCACGAUUGGAUUGCUUACGUCGUUCUACUUUGUUCACUACCUUUUCUCGUCGGUGAAAAUUGAUUGAAGUGGCGUAGCGUAAUCUCGAUUUUUUCGGAGCUUUUUUUUUUCUUUCUAAGCACAUUUAUUUAUUUAUUCAUAGGGAUGUUUUUACCAAUGUUUCUUGAUACUAGAUACUUCUCUAGUAACUUCUGUUUCAAUAUAAUUGUGUCCUGAAAGGUUCUUCCUUUUAUUUA